AUGGCUUCUGUUGAUCUUGACAACAUCCAAUUCUACUUUUCACCUCCAUCAUCUCCAGGCUACAGACUCUCAAGACCCAACAUGGCCCACUCUUCCGCGGGCAUUCUCAUGCUUAACAGCUCAGAUUGCACUGAACUCUCUACAGCUGCAGUUUCCAUUACCACACCAUCUCCAGAACAACCACACCCUCUUGAGAACCUUCACCACCUGCCACCCUUCCAUCCCGCACAGGCAGCUUGGGCGCCCACAACAUCCAGCUUGCUGCAACAAAAACAACAAGAAUCAACAUCAACCUGGGUGGUCUCAAAGAAUUUCAGUCAGGUGCUAGAGGCAUUUGGAAUUGCUGAAAUCAAAACUGUUGAUUUGACCAGUGAUGAUUCUACCAGUCAAGCAUCCUUGCCCAGCAUGAGCUUGUCUAAUCUUGAAUGUCUGCUCCUCCUUUCACUGAUCAGUGACACCUCAGCAGGCAAUUUUGAUGAUAAGAGCUCCUACAUUCCACAGUCACCUAACAGCAAUUCCAUGGUAUCAACCAGGCUUGCGAGCCCAGCAGGUCUGUUGGACAUGACUCUAGAUAAGCCACACAGCAGUAGUCAACGCGAGCACUUCCAUGCAUCAAAGUCUUACACCACUGAGCCCCUAUUCCCACAUUCUGGUGCAGGUGACCCGGUCAAAGUGGGCUCAAGCUGCAAUAUUGACACAGCAGACACUCAGCUUUAUGGGCUUCCUGAUGUCUCUGUACCUUCCUUGUCACAGCCAGAUACUGAGGCUGUUGCUGCCAGCACCAUUGACAGUCCCGCCCAUAUUUCCCAGAAGCAACCACCAACCAGCCCACAACUGCCCAGGUACCCCAGGGUUGAAGUGGUGAUUCCUACUGGCUUUCACACUCGCAAUCUGCCAACCCUUGAUAUCACAGACAAUCAUGGGCCAACCUCAGUAUAUGACUGCAAAUGCCAUGGCAGUGCAGAUGCUGAGCAUGAGUCUUCAGCACCACCUGCAAAGCAGCAAAGAGUGUCACUGCAGCCAUCCAUGUGUUAUAAUUACAGUCAGUCUACAGUAUCUGCAGCAAACCCACCAACACAGAUCCAACAACAAGCCACCACUGAAAAUGCCCAUGCACAUGACAACAACACUGAAGAAAAGGGCAGUGAAGAAGCUGGCACUGGUUUUGUCCAAACAGCUCAUGAAGAGAGUGGCAGGGAGCCUGGACAAGCAGGUCACACAUGCCUAUGCCAGGCAGGUCACGCUCCGCUACCCCCAGAGGAGGCAAUGACGCUGGCUUCUGCCGUUUCCAAGUUUGAGGAGUUGUUGGCUCUUAUCAAAACCGGAUAUCAAACCUCGAAAUGGCAGUUCAAGUUUCCCUUUGAAGACUCGGAGGUUAUUCUCGACGCUGCCCGUCUGAUGAUUUGCUGGAUCGACCACAAUGCGUCUUCGAUUGCGCAAGAUCCUCAGCGGUUGGUGGUGUUCAUCAAAGACUUCGUCAUUAUUCUCUUUGGGUUGGAUCGUGAGUCAGCGACCAAAUACCUCACUGAGAUCUACGACAGCAGCCCCGCAGCUAGCGAAGCGGGUGACGAAGAUGCCAUGAUGGUCGAGGAACCAAGCGCACCUCCUUCGCGGCGUGCUGGCAAUAGCAAGAGGCAUGUGCUCUUAGUAUUCAAGCUUUUAAGACGCUUCGCAACGCCGCUGACCUCCCAUUUCAUGCAGCAGGACGAAGCAACCGGACGGAAACGAAAGUAG